AUGAUUUGGGGAGGGAAUACAAUAGGUGAAGAGGAUGAGGACGAUGAAACUAUUCAAGACAACAACAACAAUAAUCACGAAUUAACAGCAUCUAAUCAAAUAUAUCCAGUUAAAAGUCCCCCCAUUGGUUCCAGAUUUAUUGGAAAAGUUGCGAUUAUUACUGAAUCAAAUUGCGCAAUAGACAGGGCAACAGCUAUUUUAUUGGGAAAAGAAGGGGCAAAGGUAACAAUACAUGGAACUGUUGAGAAGGAAUUGAGGGAAACAAUAGUUAAAAUGGUUAGAGCAGGAAUUAGUCAAGAUAAUAUUCUUGUUGUGCAAGGAGUUAUUGAAAACGAUCAGACCCUAAAAAACCUUGUAGACAAAACCUACAGCAAAUUUGGCCGAAUUGAUAUACUGGUGAACAGUGCUGGGGCAAUCGGGAGAACUCAAGGCAGUAAUUCUCCAGCUUCCUCUAUUUCCAACAAAUUAAAACACAAUAUAAAUAGGCAAAAUAGUGGAAGUGUUGAUAGUGAUAGGGAAGAAAAUGAUUUAUUGGAAGAUGAUGGAAAGCCUAGUGGAAGUUUCAGAAAUUCACUUGCUAGCAGGCGACGGUGA